AUGUCCCUGGGGGAAGGAGGUGCAGCCAGCGUCGGUAUGCGCCGCCUCGCCCAACGAGCGGUGAUUGCCGUCGCUCGGCACGGUCGAGGGGCCCGCCCCGACCGCCCCGUCGCGCCGUCUCGCGGCGUCUGGCACGAACGUCAUCUUCGAUCUCGGCGCGCGGCCACGACAUCCGCGCUGGCCUCGGACGACGAUGCUCCGUCGAUUCCGUCGUUGCGCGCGCCGUUCGCCCCCGCAGGCGACCAGCCCACCGCGAUCUCCGAGUGCGUCAAGCAUUUGAGGGACGACAACGCCCGGUUCGCGUGUCUCAGAGGCGCCACGGGCACGGGCAAGACCUUCGUCGUCGCCAACGUCAUCGAUACGAUCGCGCGAGACAAACCGACGUUGGUCGUGGUCCCCAACAAGACACUGGCCGCCCAGGUCGCCAGGGAGCUCCGCGCGUACCUCCGUGACACCCACAGGGUCGAGCUCUUCGUCUCCCACUUCUCCUUGUACGUCCCGGAGUCCUUCAGCCGCGGCAGGUACGUCGAGAAGAGGAGCGCCAUCGAUCCCAACCUCGACGCGUUGCGACAUCGAGCCACCAGGGCGCUGGUGGAGAGCGACAACGUCGUCGUCGUCGCGUCGGUGUCGUGCCUGUACGGCAUGGGCAUGCCGGCGGACUACGUCGACGCGAGGCUGGUGCUCGAGCCGAACGCGUCGCACGGUCACGGCGGUCGCGACGCCCUCGGCGCUCGGCUGACCGAGGGACUCCUCUACGAGCCCGCCGGGGCCGGGGCGGGCGGUGAGUCACCGGCCCCGCACGACGACGUCGUCGCGGAUAGGGUGAUGCGGGGGCAGUGGGCGUGGGGUCCCGUGGGUAUCCGCGGGUCUGAGCUCCGCAGGCUGGUGGUUUGGCCGCCGUACGAGGACUCGCCGUUGCAGUUCGACCUCGACAAAGAGGGCCGGCUUGUCGGGUUUUUAAGGACCCCACAAGGGACGAACCGCGACGGCGCGAAGCGCUCGGCGUACGUCCUCGAGGACGUCUGCAACCCAAACCCGCUUCCGCCGCCGCCGCAGAGGGUGACCCUGUGGCCGAGGCAGCACCACAUCACGCCGCCCGAGCGAUUGAAAUUGGCGACGGCGGCGAUUGGCCGGGAACUCCGCGAGAGGUGCGCGGAGCUGCGGGCGAACGGGCACGGGAUGGAGGCGGAGCGGUUGGAGCAGCGGACGAACGCGGACGUGGCGCUGUUGAACGAGCUCGGUUGGUGCCCGGGCGCGGAGCAUUACUCCCGGCACCUUGGGGGCCGCGCCGAGGGUGAACCCCCCGUGACGCUCCUCGACUACCUCAACUUCAACACCUCCGAUCCUCCUACCCGACCACCCGGGGCCGGGGCCGGGGCAGGGGCCGACGCCCGCGCGCGCCACCGGGGUUGGCUCCUCGUCGCGGACGAGUCCCACGUCAUGCUCCCGCAGCUCCGCGCGAUGCACGGCGGGGACAGGAGUCGAAAGCUCGGGCUCGUGGCUGGCGGGUACCGGCUGCCCUCCGCGUUGGAUAACCGCCCGCUCACGUUCGAAGAGUUCUGGGAGCGCGUGCCGCAGGCGCUGCUCGUGUCCGCCACCCCGGGUAACGUCGAGAACGAGUGGUGUCAAUCGCGCAUGGUGGACAUGGUGGUGAGACCCAGCGGCGUGGUUGACCCGCCGAUUAAAAUAUUUCCCCGAGCGAAUCAGCUGCCGCAGCUCGCGGCGGCUGUGAGGGAGCGCGCGGCGCGCGGCGAGGCGUCGCUGGUCUGCGCGCUGACCAAGGCGGACUGCGAGGAUCUCGCCGGCUACCUGAACGAGAUCGGCGGGUGUCGGGCGGACUGGCUGCACUCCGAGCUCACCGCCCCGCAACGCGCGGAGAAGCUGCAGGCGCUCCAGGCGGGGGAGAUCGACGUGUUGGUGGGGGCGCAGCUGCUGAGGGAGGGGUUGGACGUGCCCCAGGUGUCGCUGGUGGCCGUUCUGGACGCGGGGGUGCCGGGUUUCAUGCGAUCAGCGAGGUCGCUGAUGCAGAUGCACGGCAGGGCGGCUCGUAACGCCCGGGGCGAGUGCCACCUUUUCGCCGACGCCCCCUUCACCGACGCCAUCAACGACGCCGUCGCCGAGGUCAGCCGCCGGCGCGAGAAGCAACGCGAUUUCAACGAACGCAACGGCAUCGUCCCGGUGAACGCGUCAGCCGGGUCCUCUUCAUCCUCCCUGUCGCUGUUCCAGGUGAUGGCGGAGGAGAUCGCGGAGGAGCGGGCGCAGAUCGAGGUGGCGUCGACUCGGUCGGCGAACGCGCGAGUCGCCGCGGGGACCCGGUUCAACUCGCCGGGCGGUGACUCACCGGGCGGUGACUCACCGGGCGGUGACGCACCGGGUUCGUCGUCCGGGUUCGCCCCCAGCGAGGAGGAGGUGCAGGCGGCGUUGAAGGCGUGGCGGAUGAAGCGCAACGGCGUCGCGGACGCGGCGGCGGCUGCUUUGAAGGCGCGGGCGGACGCCGACGCGGCGAGGGAGGCUCGAGCCGAGACGGCGGCGGCGCUCGCCGGCCCCGGCGGAACGUGGGCCACCCUCGGGAACACGUUCACGCCACGUCAGUUCACCGACGCCCUGUUCGACCCCGCGAACGCACCGACACCGACGACGCCGUCCCCGCCCGGAUUCGAACCCGCGACGAGCGGCUCAUCCGCAGAGGACGUCCUCGGAUCCUUCGGCGUCGACGCCUCGCACCUGCCCUCGCUCCGUCGAAAGCUGGCGGAUCUCCCCGCCAAAACCGGGGUGUACAGGUGGCUCGCCGGAGACGGCACCGUGCUCUACAUCGGCAAGGCGAAGAGCCUCCGCGACAGGACGCGCGGGUACCUCGCCCCGGGGCUGCUCCGCCGGUCCCCGCGGCACAGGCGCCUGGCCGGUUUGGCUCGUUCGGUGGAUACCGUCCUGACGCCCGGGGGCGAGGCGGACGCGCUGGCGCUCGAGGCUAGGCUCAUCGCCGGGACCAAGCCGCCGCUCAACGUGCUGCUGAAGGAGGCGCCGAAGCCGGACGCCGCGCUCGUCGUCGGGUUGAUGGACCCGGUCGGGGACGACGUCCUCCCGAGGUUCUUCAUGACCGACGCGGGGGGCGAUCGCGGUCGGGGGGGGGCGUUUCUCGGGGGGGGCGCGAAGAGAGUCGGCGGCGGGAGCGGGAACGCGAGCGACGACGCGGACGCCGGCGCGCGGUCGGGUCGUACCCGGCUCGGGUACGACGGCAUCGGCGGGCGCGUGAGCCCCGGGGUGGUGGCUGCCGCGGAGGCAUCGUCAUCGUCAUCGCCUGGCGCCGUUCGCACCUGGCUCAGGCCCACCAAGGCGGACGCCCGGCGCACCCUCGGGGACCUCGAACGCGCGUUUGGGCUCAGGUCCCUCGCGUUCCGCGCCAGGCACGGCGACGCCGAGGCCGCGGUACGAUUGCGCGAGGCGGCGAGGAUGGCGGCGGCGGCGUUGGACGGGGGCGACGCCGCGGAGGAAGCGGCGGUCGAGCUCGAACGGCGGGGUCGAUUCGCGGCGGCGGCUUCGCUUCGAUCCGCGGCGGCGCCCGGGGCGGCGGCGCUCGGCGCGCUCUCCUCGCUCCUCGCGGAGGAGGCGGGGGCGGCGGGAAUGGCGGUGGACGUGGUGGCGGCGGCGGCGGAGGGGACCCACUGCCGCGUGCAGGUUGUGCAGAUCCGCGACGGGACAAUCGCCGGGAUGCUCACCGCCGCGGUGGAGCUCCCGAACGACCGGACCGGCGUCGUCGGGGCGGUCGGGGACGACGACGAAGGGAUUGUUGUCGCGGAGUGGCUCGGGGGCGACCGAUCGGAGGAGGAGGAGGAGGAGGAGGAGGAGGACGACGACGAGGCGGGGGCGCUGGAGGUGGCCCUUGGGGAGGCGGCGCAGAGGGCGAUGGAGGCGUUUUACGGCGACGGUGGCGGCGCGCGUGGCGACCCCCCCGACGCGGUUUUGGUUCCCCACGCGCUUCCGGACGCGCCCGGGCUGGAGCGGAUCAUCGCGCGAGCGUCCGGGACGUCGGACGCGAAGGGGCGGCGUCGGAGGGCGACGAGGACGACGAGGACGCUCCGUCACGGGUCGGACCUCCCGACGGGCCUCCCCGCCGCGCUGGCUUUGCUCGCCAAGGCCAACGCCGCCGAAGCCGCGCGUCGCGCCGCUCGCGAGGCUGCCGCGUCCGCCGCCGUCGCCGACAUCGUCGGCGUCCCCGGGCACCCGAUUCGAUCCAUCGAGGGCGUCGACGUGUCCCAUCUCGCAGGGUCCGCCACGGCGGCUUCGGUGGUGAAGUUCACGGACGGCGCCGCGGAUCCGGCGGGGCACACGAGGUACGACCUCGACGUCGUCAACGCGAGGGCACCCGACGGCACCCUCGUCGGCACCCCCGGGGACGACCCGGGGGCGAUCUACGCCGCGGUCGCCAGGCGGUGCGCGGGGAAGCGCGGGGUGGUCGACCUUCCCGACCUCCUCCUCAUAGACGGCGGCGUCGCGCAACUCGCGGCGGCGGCGAGGGCGCUCGCGGACGCUGGGGUCGUCGUCGUCAACGCGAGGGCACCCGACGGCACCCUCGUCGAUCGAUCGAGCGAAGAGGCGUCGUUGGGACCGGCGCGGAGGGUGGCGCUCGCGUCACUGGCCAAGGGAAGGCUCAGCGGCGAGGAGGCGGUGUACGUCCCCAUGUUUUUCUCGACGGCGGCGACUUUGGAUGACGAGACAGACACGUUCGGCGUCGCCCCGUUCGCGCGAGGCGCGCACAAGGCGUGGUGCUCGUCGGCCGCCAAGGGGAAGGACGCGCGCGGCGGUCCCGGGCUCGAGCUUCUGCGUGCCGUUCGCGACGAGUCGCACGCGGCGGCGCUCGGAGCGCACAGGAGGCGGCGUCGGUCGGAUCUGUUCCGGGAGAUGAACGCGUCCGUUCCCGGGCCCGGGGCGUCGUCGGACGGACUUGGGUCUUGGCAGGGUGCCGGGCCCCCGGGGGAUUCGUCGGACGAGGAGGAGAGGGAGAUGUCCGCGGUGGGAUGA